CGACACAUCACGCUUAACGCGUUGUAUAACUGUGUUAUAAUUUGCUCUGCGAUUGAAAGGAUAUGGUCCUAUCCCCGACACUCGACUUCUUGCGGACUCUAGGCCAAUUAAAGUCGGUAAUCCCUAAUUAAGAUUACAUGCCAUUGAUUAUGAUCUGCAAUUAACGCUCAAAUUAGAAGCUGGGAACACUGUGAAGUCCACGACCAGCAUGCUGCGUUCGCUGGAGGGAAGCGAUGCCAGCGUGCAGGGGACAAACGACGAUGCCCAGAUCAGUAAAAUGUCCUGCGCCAAGGCAGGCUACUUCAAGGACGAGUUCAUACAGUACUUUGUAAGGCGUGCCUCUCGGCGCUCGCCUUUGAUAAACCGGGGGUACUACAGCCGACACGCGGCCCUCCGACAGCUUCUCAACCGCUUUCUUGCAGCUGCUGCCGCCACCGCGAGCCAACAACCACAGGUCCUGGUGCUGGGCGCGGGUUUCGACACGACGUGGUUUCAGCUCCACCGGGACCUGGGACGAGCACCGUAUAAAUGCUUGGAGGUGGACUUCAAGGAGGUGACCCAGCGCAAGGCCGCCACCAUUGCCAAGGAACCCGCCCUCCGUAACGCCCUCACCACGACAACCAUGGCAACGACGGCGGCAGCCCCGGCGGCGGCGGCUGACGCCGCCGCCGGCGCCGCCGCAGCGGCACGCCCUUGCCCCUCUGUCACCCCGCACCCGCACCCCCCACACACCUUCCGCAGAUCGCCCACCUACAUUCUGUCCGAAUGUGUGUUGGUUUACAUGGAGCCCCUGCACUCGGCUGCGGUUGUGAGCUGGGCGGCUCACACCUUUCCUAACGCCGUCAUCGCCAUCUACGAACAGAUCCGGCCCGACGACGCGUUCGGUCGCCAGAUGGUGUCCAAUUUGGAGAUGCGCGGGUGUCCGCUGCGGGGUCUGCCCGCCACACCCUCUCUGGCCGCACAUUGCGCCCGGCUCAUGGAUGGGGGUUGGGCCUGGGCGGACGCCCGGGACAUGGACACCCUUUACCGUACCUUCUUGGAGAGUCAGGAUAAGGCCCGAGUGGAGCGACUGGAGAUAUUUGACGAGCUGGAGGAGUGGCACAUGAUCCAGGAGCAUUAUUGCAUCGCGCUGGGCCGCAACGAUGUGUCAGGCUGGCUCGGGAGUGUGGGCUUCGACUAGGGACCUCCGUGAUUGGACAGCUUGCAGGCGGGAUGGCAGGCAGGGGGAGCCCGAGCGCUCGAGCUUGUGUUACACCGCGACACCACAUUGUGACGCGACUGGUACAUCGGCUCCUGUACACUGUGCUCAUUGCACCCUUAGUACCCUCAUGGAGGUUUGAAGUCAUAAGUCGCAGACGUUACCGGACCUGAGCUGUUUUUCCAAUCGGAAACCGAUAAGACGUUGAUGAACAUGCAUGCCUGUUCCUGAGGGUUAUCUGGUGGUUAAUGACUGGUGGUGGUUAGUUCAUUGGUACUGCAUAUGCUUGCGUUGGUUGUGAUGGAUCCUCACCUGGAUCACUUGGUGGUGACUUCUUCCUCACCAGUUGCGUGGGUAGUUGGUUAGUAGAUGAAGCACGCCGCUUGUCC